AUUCAUUCACGACAGUACUGAUCAGACACACGAAUUGAGUGACUUGUGGUGGAUCCGUCAGAGGAUAUUUCCAUCAAAAUGACCAAAUUCCGUCCCUGCAUUGAUUUACACUCCGGCCAGGUGAAGCAAAUAGUGGGCGGAACGUUGAGCAGUGUUGCGGCGGAUUUGAAGACGAAUUAUGUGUCGAAGUUGCCGGCCAGUCACUAUGCGGAAUUGUAUAGGAAGAAUGAUUUGAGAGGUGGACAUGUUGUUAUGCUCGGUCCGGGCAAUGAUGAGGCUGCUAAGGAGGCGUUGAGGACUUGGCCUGCUGGGUUGCAGGUUGCGGGGGGCAUUACGGAUCAGAAUGCGAAGUAUUGGGUUGAGAUGGGGGCUGAGAAGGUUAUCAUCACAUCGUUCCUCUUCCCGGACGGCAAGUUCUCUCUUGAAAGGCUGCAGUCUGUUCUUGUUGCGCUGGAUGGUGACAGGUCUAAGCUGGUCUUGGACCUGAGCUGCAGGAAGAAGGGCAACACGUGGUUUGUGGCUAUGAAUCGCUGGCAGACGAUUACUGAGAUGGAGAUUACGCAAGAAUCAAUUGCGCUCUUGGAGCCCUACUGUUCCGAAUUCCUCAUUCACGCUGCAGAUGUCGAGGGUCUGCAACAGGGCGUUGAUGAGGAGCUCGUGUCUAAGCUGUCCCAGUGGUGCACGAUCCCUGUCACCUAUGCCGGAGGUGCUCGGAAUCUCCAGGAUCUGGAGAAAGUUCACGUCAGCAGUCAAGGGAAGGUGGAUUUGACGAUUGGAAGUGCAUUGGAUAUCUUUGGUGGAUCUGGGGUAACGUUUGAUGAAUGUAUAGAAUGGAACAAGACGCAUUAGGGCGUGGUUGUUGGAUUGAAGAGAUGAUGGUUGUGGGUGAAAAUAGACAUGAGACAUGGCAG